CUCGUGGAGGGAACGGAGGACUACGUGGUCGGCGCGGGCGCACUCGCGGCGAUCGUCCGCGUGAUGCGCCUCACCGCGUCGAGAGACGGCGCCACGGCCGAGACGAAGGCCGGUAGCGAGUUGACGGGCACGGGCGCUGGGCUGAUCGGAGGCGUCUCAAACAUUCUCUACGGCAGCUCCCCGGCCGGCCUCGCCCGCAAGAUGCUCGGCCUCGAAGCGGGCGUCGUCGAGGCGGCCGUCGAGCUGAUGCGCGCCGAGGCCGCGGCGGAGGACACGCAGGAGGAGGGCAUGCGCUUGCUCACGGCGAUCAUCGCCGCCGACGCCGGCCCAAUACACACCAACGACCAAGCGGCUCGUGACAGGAGGCAGCGGAUCCUCUUGUCUGGCGGCAUCGCCGCCUCGAUGGCCGCACUGCACCGCUUCCCGCUCCUGCGCACCCGUCCAAGUCGACGCCACCACGGCCGCCAAUACCCGCGCUACCUGAUCGAAAUGAUUGUUGUCAUCCCGUCCUUUCUAUACAGCGCGUUGGCAAGCGGGUUCCAGCUGCCGUGGCUCAACGACGUGAAUGAGCAACACCGCAUGACCGCGCUGAAGAUUGUGGCCGAGGGCAUGGCGCGCGGCAUGAUGAUGGGCUGAAGCUGAGCGAAAAGCCACGAUGCGUGGUUGGCGUAGUGUAGCGUGUGCUCUGUCGUGUGUGUGUCCAUGAAUUAAGUGUGUUGUGCGUGCGCAUUUCGCGAUGGUCGAGUGUGGGUCUCUCUCUGACUCGCGGGUGGGGAGAGAUAGUGGGUAGGCGCGAAGGGGAAGAAGAAGGAUUAACGUAAUGUGAUUAUGGUUUAUGCAUAUUAUGCUCCAAU